AUGGAGUGGGACUUUAAGGACUUUGCUUGUUGGGAUUCAACUGAUGAGCUGGAGUUGGAGUUGGAGUUGGAGUUGGAAUUGGAGCAGCAAAAACAGGAACAAGAUAGUGACCUUGCUGCUUUGGUUGGGUCCAUCUCACAACCCCAGAAGAAGAAGAGAUCAGCAGCUGCUGGAUCUUUACUAGUGGAUUUGAACUUGUCUGAUUCUCCUCCUGCUGGACACUUGUUCAAGGACCCAAUUAAGCCCUCAGCUGUGGCGUCAUCAUCGUCACCGUUAUCGUCACCAUCAUCUUCAUCAUCAUCAUCCAAAAGGGUUAAAAGUAAUGGAACUGAUGAGCAGAAAAUGUCAUGCUUGGUUGAGGGUUGCAAGACAGACCUCAGUCUUUGCAGGGAGUAUCACCGACGCCAUAGAGUCUGUGAGCUCCACUCCAAGACCCCUGUUGUCACCGUCAGGGGUGAACAGAAACGGUUCUGCCAGCAGUGCAGCAGAUUCCAUUCUCUGGUGGAGUUUGAUGAGGUGAAGAGAAGCUGCAGGAAACGUCUCAACGGUCACAACCAGCGCAGGAGGAAGCCUAAACCAGAAUCCCUCUACUUCACUUCCAACUUCCUGUCCGGUUACAAAGGUCCCAGAAUCUUGCAAUUUAGUAACCCGCAGGUAUGUGCAACCAAUAAUGUGAGAAGUAUGUGGCCUGUGGAAGCCAAAAAGGGAGCAGAAUCCAUGCUUUACAGCCGCCAUCCUUCAUUCAAUGGAGGAGAUAAACCAUUUCUUUUCUUGCAGACAAAUAAUGACCCUAAAGCUGCUUCAGGCAACCGGGCAGCCCCUCAAACUUUCUUGCGCCAGCAGCCAUUUCAAACAACUGCUGCCUCACCGGCAGAAAGCAGAAAGGGCGGUCAUAUAAUGUCUUCUGAUGGUAUGACUCGAGUCAUUGACUCGGGUUGUGCUCUCUAUCUUCUGUCAUCACAUCCAGCACAAGCUUCAGUGACUCAGUCCAAUGUCACUACUACUCAUCCAGGUCAGCUCCUAGACUCGAGACUACAGAUGAACGGCAGUUUUGCAGAAUUCUCAUGCUCACAUGAUGCGGAGGACAAGGCUGCCAAUCCAGAAAUGAUGUUUCUCAUGGGGCCUGAUGGCUUUUUGGACAACGGGGCGCAAAUGCUUCCAAUUUUAUUGGAGUAG